ACCUUGAUAGAACUAUCGGUUUUCCAGAUUCGAGAUCUACAUUAAUCCGAGAUCCGAGAUUGUCAUUGUCUCGAGUGAACUGACACAUCGCUGGAUAGUGUUGGCGAAGUCAAAGAUCGUCUUUGGAGCGUGACUUGUGCGGGUGACGAUGACGAGUGAUGAACUUGGCACUGGAGAAAUGCUUGCAAUCAGCAAAAUCGAGCGACGAUGCCAUGUGCAGACGACUUUGGUCUGAGGUCAUGGGUCAGUUUAUAAGCCAAGGGGCCGAGCAAGAGCAGAGCCAAAGAGAAAGCAGCCGCCAAGAUGAAGCCAUCCACUCCAGUCGCCGCCAUUCCGCUAAUGACGCUCGUGGCCGCUGUCCUGCUGCAGACGCACUGCGUCCGUGGCCAGACCGGAACGGAGCCCAUCUGGGCGGUGAUCGAUCGCAACUUGCCGCAGGUGCAGGAGCUGGUCACCGCGGCCAGGAUGGAGUGCAUCCAGAAGCUGCAGCUGCCCAGGGACCAGCGCCCGCUGGUGAAGGUGACCAAUCCCAGUGAGAAGGAGAAGUGCCUGGUGGAGUGCGUGCUCAAGAAGAUCAAGUUGAUGGACGCCGACAACAAGCUGAACGUUGGGCAGGUGGAGAAGCUGACCAGCCUGGUGACCCAGGACAACAAGAUGGCCAUCGCCGUCAGCUCCAGCAUGGCGCAGGCCUGCAGCCGCGGCAUCUCCUCCAAGAACUCCUGCGAGGUGGCCCACCUCUUCAACCAGUGCAUCAGUCGCCAGCUGGAGCGCAACAACGUGAAGCUGUUCUGGUAGGGACAUCUCCGCGCCCGGGGCACCACCAACUACCACUUGAGAUCUUAACUACGAGUAGAAGGCCAUCAUCUUCGCUACAAUGAUUUCUCAGAUAAUUUUAACCGAACAUUCAUAAUCCAUUAGGCAAUAUAAUUAUAUAUAAGAUAUUAGUAAUAUGAGUUACUCAGCUUUUUCUAUUACUAGAUCAAUUUUUAGUUGCUCGCUCGUAAUUGAUUUUAAUAAAUCUAUAGAUACAGUAA